AAUAUUACAGAUCCCGGGCCUUAUAAUACUGUGCUGCUCACAUUGUUUCUUAUUUCCAGCGAACAUGAACAUCGUUCUUGUAUGGGUAACUUUUUAGAACCAUGCAGAUCUUUUGGAAGAAAUAUUUGUUUUACCUUCUCUUUAUUCGUCUUUGGUUUGGAACUGCAGGACUGGAUGAGAAGACGGAAACAUGCGCUGAGCUACAACUUCUAGAUAAGGAUUCAGCUGUCGCCAUCUUUGAUGUCAGUGGCGAUAACUACGUUAACAUCAGCUUCGUGUUGUCGACACACACCUGUACAUACAACCCACAGUGGUUCCGAGUGAAGGUGGCGACGUCUACACAGGACCACCGUUUCCCUUUCUGCACGAUCCUCUUCCAGAACCUCACCUGUAGUGUCACGGAUCACUCCAAGGAGUGUCACUGUGUACACACAGACCAGAGACUAGCUUGGGUCUACAGGAAGGUGAGUCCAGAUGAAAAGCUGCAGAUACUAGAAUGGACAGAUGCACAAGCUUUUGGAACACCAAAGGAAAAGAUUGCCGUGUUUAAUUUUUCUAAUCAACAAGGGGUAGGUGAGAAGACGACAACAUGCGCUGAGCUACAGGUUCUAGAUAAGGAUUUAGCUGUCGCCGUCUUUGAUGUCAGUGGCGAUAACUACGUGAACAUCAGCUUCGUGUUGUCGACACACACCUGUACAUACCAUCCACAGUGGUUCCGAGUGAAGGUGGCGACGUCUACACAGGACCGCCGCUUCCCCUUCUGCACGAUCCUCUUCCAGAACCUCACCUGUAGUGUCACGGAUCACUCCAAGGAGUGUCACUGUGUACACACAGACCAGAGACUAGCUUGGGUCUACAGGAGGGUGAGUCCAGAGGAAAAGCUGCAGAUACUAGAAUGGACAGAUGCACAAGCUUUUGCGACACCAAAGGAAAAGAUUAUCGUUUUCAAUUUUUUGAAUCAAGCAGGAGCAGAAAGUGGCGCAACUCUUCCUACGAUUACGAUUGCAUUGGCGACUUCACUCCCUUUACUUCUCUUCAUUAUUGUGGCUCUGGUCUUCAUUAUCAUAUGGAGAGUUAGAGUUUCAGGUCAAAGGGCAGACAAUGUAACUGUUUACAGAAGUGAAGAAGAAACACAUUACUGUAGUAUCGGGAACAUUGAAGUUCAGUGUCGCGAAGCAAGCAAGUUGGAGAAAAACAAACCAUGUGAUGACUAUGCGAAUACUUCUCACACAGCCUCCUCCACCAAUGCCCAAGUUUAUCACGAGAAAGCACCGGAGCUACCAAACGAGUACAUGGAACCAACAGUGCAUCUGCCUUUCACUGUGAAAGGCUUUAAGACAUUUCUUGAGAAAUAAUCUUGAUGUUUUGUUGUUGCUUAGACAUACUUGUAACGCCGAAAGAGGAGACAGCCUGCAAAGUAUCACUUUAGCAUUAAAAGCCCUCGGACAUAAGAUGCCAUUGUACAAAGUCUACCCAUUGUUAAGCGAAAGAAUUGACUGAACAGGAAAAUAAAAGCAGACGGGCUACAUAAAGUGUGUGGAUGUGAAGUGUCUCCUCAUUAUCUGCUUAAGAUACGAAACUGUCAAUUAAGAGCAAACACACACACCCACACACGUGCACACGCCCGCGCAGUAUUGUAUAAUCACGAGAGACUAAUUACUUUAAAUAAAUUGUAUAUAAUUAUUUUCUUGUUAUUUUUAUAUUCAAUAUUAGCGUGGUGUACAUCACAGCCCACUCAACGACUUCCUGAAUCCCUAUUCACUUUGUCUUUACCAUAAACCGAAAAAAUGCAGUAAAAAAGAAUUGCUGAUAACAGCAUGUAACAAUUGUUAGAAUUCUUUAUAAUUCAAUUUAAUUCGUAGUUUGCCGAGAACUAAAAAUACUAUACUGCCAAGAAAACAUGUAACAAAAGUCCCAGCAUUCUUUCAAUGCAACCUUUUCAUACCUUCCAAUCAUACAGUCGUGCAAAUCCCGUUUUAUGUAUUGAUACUGAUUUGGUGUUUAUCUGAAGAAAAGUAUAGACAGCUGAACAGACAGACAGACAGACAGACAGACAGACAGACAGACAGACAGACAGACAGACAGACAGACAGACAGACAGACAGACAGACAGACAGACAGACAGACAGACAGACAGACAGACAGAAUAAGAGCUGAAAGGGUGACGAUUAAAAUUAGUACAUGACUCAGACGAUUCUCUUCCUCUCUAUUGUCCCUAUAAGGAUAAGAACAAUGGUCAAUUCUUUGCGAGACUGUGGCAGGCUAAGACAUGGAUGUCUGUGUUUCUGAAAAUGUGUGUCACAUGAGCUGUUGUUUUAUUGUGUUCGGUUGUUUGCGAAUGCUAUGUCAUGUAUGCUGUUGUUCAUGUUAGUGGGAUACUGCAAAAUAAAAACAAGAAACUCAAAACUAACAAAAGAAAGGGUAGAUAAUUUAUGUAACGUCCAUAGCUCCAUAAAAUAAUUGUUUGAAUAAGGGUGAAAAAAGUUUUUAACUAUGUAUAUUAUUCUUUUAAACGUAGAAAUAAAGUAUGAUGCUCUUAAUAAAGAUAAAUAGAAUAUCCUCCUCUUCCUGGGAACGUCCGUACAAAUGCUUCUAACUUUGAUGCCUGAAAUAGUCUUGAAAGAUAAUGUUCAGUCAUCGUCUCUUUUCUGAGUGACUGAAACAUUUAAAAACAUGGUUAUUCUCUAUUUGAGAAUGGUGGUUACUGGUGAAAAUGUACAGACAUUAAAAUAAAUCAGUUAAAAGUCAAA